AUGGACCGUCCACUCACCAACGAAGAAAUAAUUCACGAAGAGGAAGCAUCACAAGAUGAGCCACCAGCACUGCAGCUGAUUAUUAAGGGACCAUUCAAACCCAGUGAUUUCUAUUGUGUAUAUCUUUUAAACUCGAUCAGCCGCCGCCGAAGUUUUUACGUCGGGUCAACGCCUAACCCACCACGGCGAUUACUCCAGCAUAAUGGGCAUCAAUCGAUGGGGGCCAAACGGACCAGUAAAGAGGAUCUACGACCAUGGGAGAUGGUGGCGAUAGUACAUGGGUUCCCCUCAAAGAUUGUGGCGUUACAGUAUGAGAGAGCAUUACAAAAACCGCAAAUAACCCGGUUCAUCAAGCACCACGAGCGGAUCUCGGGAAGUAGCAGCAGCAGUGGUGGUGGUAAUGCCUCGAGAACGGUGCACCAGUAUUUGGCAAACGUGCGACUUUUGUUGAAAUGCGAUUAUUUCCGGAGGAUGAAUUUGAAAGUUGAUUUUUUUGCUAAUGGUGGGUACGACCAGGUGUACGAGCUGUGGAUCGAGAACAAGUACGGGGUGUUUCUUGGAGAAGAGUACCAGGUGAGAAAUUCAUUCAAGGAUGUUGGGGAGUGUUAUUUGGAUUGUAUGGGGACGUUAAAGAAGCAGCGACAGAAAUAUUAUUAUAAUGAUGAGGAAACGGUUGUGGGGAAUGAGAAAAAUUCGGAUUGUGGGGUAUGUGGUGGGAUAUUGGCGAAAGAUGGGAUAGGACAAUGGAGAUCAUUGGGGUGCUAUCAUGAGAAUUGUGAAUUUCUGGGACAUCUUCGCUGUAUUGCCGAUAGUUUUCUUGAAGUUGAAACCCAAAUAAUCAAAGAGGGAUUGAAAAAGAAUAAGAAUAACAAGAAAAAUAAAAAUAAAAAUAAACCACCAGGAGGAGGUAAAUCAAAGUAUUUUGGGUCAUCGUAUUCCCAAUUGUCUCAGUCGGCGAAAUUAUUAAUCAGUAAUCAAACCAUGGAUAAGGGAACCGAAGGAGUGUAUCCGAUUUUGCCUUUCAGAGGGAAAUGUCCAAGUUGUGAAAAGAUGUUAUAUUGGAACCAACUAAUCAAAAGUAGCUAUCCUGAUGGAUGA